AUGAUUGGCGUCAUGUCAAAAAGAAUAGUGACAAAGUUCGUGUAUCCUCGAUCAUGUGAAAAAUGGAUACUCAAAUCAAUUGGAAGAGACUGGAGGAAAUUUAAGUCUAGUUUGAAAGAUGCUUUCUUCAAACCCGCCAUUGAAAAAAAUCCAAACAUCAAGCGAAAGGCUUUGUAUAAGCUCUGUCCAGAAGAUGUGGACAACGAUCAAUGGCGUGGGCUUGUUAAAUAUUGGAAGUCCAAAAAAGGAAGGGCCCUUGUUGAGAAGAACAUAAUUAGUCGUUCCCUCGUGAAGGAUUCACAUAAUGCUGGCACAAAGAGUUAUGCUUGUUGGGGUGAAGACAUGAGGCAAGCUGAUCCUGAAAAGAAACGACCACACAGAUCAAAGGAUUAUUUAGCAACUCACAAGAAGAAGGACGAUGCUGAUGCUAAAAAUAAAGAUAGAAAUAAGCGCCUGGAUCGAUUGGAGAAUCUAAUAACCGAACGACCAGAGUUGGCACAAAAUUUGAAUGGAAGAGUCGCAUGGGAAGGUGAUGCCCUGCAGGAAGUGUUAGGGAAAGAAAAGAUUGGACAAGUGCAUGGCAUGGGUUUGCUUCCAACUCCUAAGCAAGUCUACGGUCGGACGCCACGGUAUCUAAAGAACAUCAAUAUGACUAGAACUGAUGGAUCACCAUAUGAAGUUGAACAUGACGUUUGGGAGGUAAUAGCAAAGAUGCAGGAGCAUAUAAAAAAGCAAGACCAGAUUAUUAAAGAUAUGAAUAACAAAGAAGGUUAUGUCAAUAAUGGCAUAGAAGAGGAAAACCUCCAAUCAAAUGAUAAUGGUAUUUCUCGCUCACCAGUGCUGCUUGGUAAAACAAAGAGAAUCCAGUGCAAUGGACCCGUUGAGGCAUGCUCGUCUAUGCAACAUGACAUUCCUGAGGAUAAUAAUUUAUCACGUUCGCAUGAAAAGGUUGGCAACCAUGAUGUCAACCAAUUACAAAUUCAACAAAAUUCAUCAUCACCACAAGACCUUGUUAUUGAUUCUGUGCUAGAGGUGAUGGAAACGAGGAAUAUUACGGGUGAAUCUGUUUCAAGACCGAACCAACAAAGGACUAGAACUGAACACCCACACCGCUCAAAAAGAAGGCGUUCUUCUUCCAUCAAGGUUGCUUCCAAAGUAGUCUUAAAGACUUCAACAUAUCCCAACAAGCGGAAUGUUGCGUAUGGUACUAUUCGGAGUACUGAUCCAAGAACUAAGGCUGGUGGUAUUGAGUUAGGUGCUGAAUUUGCUCUUGUGCGCAUAGACGAACCUAUUCUUGAUAAUGAGGAGUUGGUAAGGGAAGUUUCUGAUUGCAAGACAAUUGGCGAGGCUUUCACUUCAGGAUACUUAGUUGCCUGGCCUUCAGCUUUUAUUCGAGAGAAGGAUGGUUGA